UCAACUCAUCAUUUCACUUCACUUCACUUCACGCUACGUCAACUUAUUCAACUCAACUCCACUCGAUUCGACUCAAGUCACGUUAACUCGGCCCACUCCAGCUCAGUCCUUAUCGGACUUGUUCGGUUCGAGGGUACAGAUUCUGCUGACGUGUUGAGCGGUGUUUGGCGUCGAGUAUUCGCCGAUAACGGACCACAAGACGGUCGUCUCAUUCGUUGCUCUCCCCCACUCGAUUGUCUCUCACUUUUCCCGAUAAAAACCCACGGCCUGUCGCCUAAUCUCUUUUCCUACACUUCUCCCUUUCCCUCCCCUCGACAUACACACUCUUUCUGUCUGCCUGUCUGUCCCUAUAUAUCUCUGAUGCAAAUGGCCGAAAUGGCGGCCAGACUGCGGACGAGCUCGGACACGGUUGCCUGCCGGCUCCGGGCCCGUGCCCGCCCGCGAGCCCGACUCCGACCCCGGCUGGGUCUGGUGGUGCAGGUGAGUCGAGUGCGUCGAUCCCUUUCUCCGGUCGAGGUGCACGCUGAUUGGCCGCCCGUCUGUCCAAUCGACAGCCUCGCUUCGAGCUCGCCUCGCCCAUACAGCCUCGCCGUCAGCACCGACUCGCCGCGUCGCUUCGCCAACCACCACCCUCCGGCGCCACACCGCCCCGCCUCCGCACGGACUCGAACCCUUGACCUUGCGCCCCCAACGGCCUACAGCCAAGUCUCUCGCGACAACCCUGUCGCGGCGUCGACGUCGGUGUCGACUUUGGCGACGUCAACGGCGACGGCGACGGCGACGGUCGGCGAGGCGCCCUGCCGCUUGAUCGACUUUCCGCAGUUCCGGUUGCAACGACGCCUCUCCUUCUCGUCGCAGCACAACACGGCCGCGUCAAUCGACAAGCUCUCCGGGCCGGGCACACACCCGCUCCGACUGCAACACGACAACCCCUCUCUCCCGACACCACUGCGCCACUUCCAGACCUGCCGCUUCGGCAUACAUGACGUCGCC